UGUGCACGGGGCCUAUUGCUUCUAGUUACCACUGGUGUGAAAGAAAGUAUGAAAGAAAAUGGCUCUGCAGAACACAAAAGUACCAAAGCAGAAGAGGAUAUGCCUUUGAUAAAUGACAGGCAAGUGAUUUCAUCCAGAUUUUCUUUUAACGGUACUGCAAAAAAACUUACAUUAUAUUUACCUUAUAGGGCGCAAGAUAAAAUGUCUAUUGCUUAUCUGUUACAGUAUUGGAGUCUCCUGACUACUUUAUCCGCCAAAUCAAUAUUUCAAUUCUGGGAUUCAAAAAUUCCAUUUUUGUUAUAA